AUGGUUACUAAGAUCGCACUGGUGACCGGCACCCCCUGUGGUGAGUACAGGGCUCUUGAAAACCAGCAAAAUCCCUAACUGCUAUCCUGACCCGCACCUCCAGGAUUGGCUGGUGUCCUAGUCUGCAAGGCCGUCUUUAUCAAGAUCAACCUGGCACGGGUAUUGCGCAAAAUCUCAAUAGCUCCGGAGGACGUUUCGAAGACGGCCGUCAUCACCUCCAUUGUCCCCGUUGGACGAAUGUCGUUUGGGCCACGUAACACCUCCCAGGCCUUUAUGAGGUUCGUAGGCAGUGCUUCACUGCUAGUCUUGUCACACCCGUACAGACCGCCUCUCGUAAGCCAGCUCCAUCGCGGAAAAGCACAUAGAAACCGUACUACGGUGUUUGAUCCUCUUAAACGAUUAAGCAUUGUUUUCAACUCGUCCAACUGUAUGUUCGGCGUUCCCUCCCUCUAGUAUAUCUGACUGUGCUGGCAUAAAAUAUCCCCCGUCGAAGGUCGCGGCCUUCCGUGAGUCCCUGUCCUCCAAAUCCUUGCGUCAACCGUAGCGCCUUCUUGGCAUGGUACACUUAUCCGACGAUUAUCUGAAAACUGUGCUUACACCAUUCUACCGCUCAUGAACCUCCUUUCAGGUCUGAGCGGCUCGCCCUAGCUCUCUCCAGACGCCCUUGCUGUUUUUGACAAGGGAAUUCCGCCCUGACCGACGCUAUUCUCGUGACCUAUUCUGCUAUCGAUGUCCCUAUUGCCCACAUGAUCGAGACCAUCAAUGUUGCAAUCAGUGCGAUUCUUCAGAAGCAUUUGAAGGUCAGACCAGGCCUCUAGCCUUCCUUUCUAGAAAGUUAUCGCCUGCCGAAACGCGUCAUAUCACAUAUGAACGGGAGUUGCAGUGCUCCUACCCUGGCAGACUAUUGCAACGCGGUAUGUCACGCAAGCACUCGCUCAUACGCACCAGUGGCAGUCUGGUUCUCAGGCAAUCACUACUGUACAAACGGGCCAAUCAUCUUCAAGGCCGACUCAGGCCUGCUCUCGCAUAAGGCGCUAUCAUAUAUUCUUCAUUCUCAUUCAGGACACCGCUCUCACAGCUCCGGACGUUCUCUCUCGUUCGGCUGCCAACUUAUUUCGACUGGUUCUUCAACUUUCCUGUACGAAAUAGACUGCCCUCUCAAUUGACGGUCCAACAUUUCUGCUUCUAUUAGUGAUCGGGCCUGCAGAUUGAAGCGGCAACUUUCUGCCUACGGUCUAAGUGCCGCGACACUUGUGGCCCCGACGUGAUCGACGCACAGCUAUGAGGCGUAUCUGUGUUCAAUUGCCAAGAACUUCCCACUCGAUCACACCCCACUGUCCUUCCAUUGUCACUUAUCGUCUCCGUGGAUAGGAAGACGCGGUUGCUUUUACCUUGUCAUGGGUGGAAACAGAUGUCAUUAAACAACCUUAGCGCAUCGAGUCCAGGUCGGGGUUUCGAUCCAAUGUGGCAGAGCACUUCCUUCAUCGAUGCCAGCACCCGCACGUCCUUCUUAGUAUGCGAUAUCUUACACCCUCUAUCACCAGAGGUAUCUCCCCACCCAAAUCUGGCUUGUUACCUGACCCGGAAAUACUUUCAGCGCCCCCAUGAGGACAAGAACGUCGUCAUGUCCACGAACCAAAUCCUUUAUUUUGUCUCUCCAGUCGCACUCCGGCAAGCAUGACCCGCGGGAGAUCAGUGGACUGGGCUAUAUCCCCCAGUUAGCCUGAGAUAUCAGCCACAUCGAUUGAUUGCGAAAUGGGGUGGCGGACGCGCUGUACUGAUAAUUUGUCGUUCAUCUCCAAUUUGUUUUCAGGAUCAACCUCGCUGAGAUGGUUACCGAACGUCGGGUUGAUUCCCCCUGUGACGAGGACACCACCAGACUCCAACUUCAAGAUCUCCUUCUGACUACUGGCAACAGCACCAUUUUCUGCAAUGGCCCAAUCACCUUCCACCAGCCCUUCGUUUCGCCACCAUCUUUUCUCCCUUCACAACCUCUCACCUAA